AAGGUCAUUAUCUUUCUGCAAUUGUAAAUAUAACAGGAUCCUACACUUGGGCAGCACAGACAUCGUUACAGCAAAUCUGAAGCUUUAAGCAAAUAAUUACUGGCUGUUAGCCACAUCUGGAAUAUGGAGGGGGUAUUUUGGGGUUUGGCGGUUGUUUGUGGUGGUUUAGCUUUGUUUCUGCUCAAGAUUACAACAACGAUAUAUUGGAAGCCUCUGCAAUUGAAAAAGUCAUUCGAAGCGCAAGGAAUCAGUGGUCCUCCAUACAGGUUAUUCUAUGGGAAUUCCACAGAUAUAUCCAGAAUGACCGAUGAGCAGGAAUCCAAACCCAUGCCGCUCUCACAUGACAUACUCCCUCGAGUUCUUCCCUAUAUUCACCAGUGGACUAAAACCUAUGGUAAGGAUUAUAUUUUCUGGUUCGGGUCUCAUGCCAGGUUGGUUGUUCCCCACCCUGAGCUUAUUAAGGAGAUACUGUCCACUAAAUUUGGCAACUAUCCGAAGUUUCCGAUUAAUCCCCUUGCAAGACAACUGGUGGGACAGGGACUGGUGGGGUUGAAAGGUGAGAAAUGGGCUCAGCAUAGGAAAAUCAUCAACCCUGCUUUCCAUAUGGAUCUGUUGAAGGGGAUGAUUCCAACAAUUGUGAAAAGCAGUGCCAAUAUGUUGGAGGAAUGGAGUAAAUUGAUAUUGUCAGGUGCACCGGAAAUUGAUGUGCUAAAGGAGUUCCGCGAUCUUACAGCAGAUGUUAUUGCCCGCACAGCAUUUGGAAGCAGUUUUACGGAGGGAAAGGAUAUCUUUGAUAUGCAGACAAAACAAACGAUUCUAGUACUUGAAGCAUUUCAUAGUGUUUAUAUUCCAGGUUUCAGGUUUCUGCCUACCACAAAGAAUAGGCAACGUUGGAAUUUAGAGAAAGAAAUAAGAAGAUGUGUAAGACAAGUUAUAGAUGCCAGGGAAAAGACUGCUAUAACGGAAAAAAAUGGUAGAUAUGAUGCCGAUCUGCUUGGUUUAAUGAUGUCUGAAAGCAAGAAGCAGGUGGGAGUGAAUGGUAAUAGUAAUGCAGGCCUGAGUACAGAGGAAAUCAUUGAUGAAUGUAAGACUUUCUACUUUGCUGGUCAUGAAACAACAUCAGUACUGUUGACAUGGACUAUAAUAUUGUUGGGCAUGCAUCAAGAUUGGCAAGAGCGAGGCCGCAGAGAGGUGGUGGAAGUAUGUGGGAGAAACAAUGAUCCAGAUCCAGACAGCUUAAGUCGCCUCAAAAUUGUGGGAAUGAUCAUAAACGAGACCUUGAGACUUUAUCCUCCAGCAAUGUUUCUGUUGCGACAGGCAUGUGAGCCAAUGAAACUUGGAAAGCUCUCAAUUCCUGCCGGCACUGAACUUUUUAUUCCGAUCCUUGCAAUUCACCAUGACCCUGCUUUGUGGGGAAAUGAUGCCAAAGAUUUCAAUCCAGGGCGAUUCAGUGAAGGAAUUGCAAAGGCUGCAAAGCAUCCAAUGGCAUUUAUGCCCUUUGGUGCAGGUCCAACUAUAUGUGUGGGCCAAAAUUUUGCCUUGUUGGAAGCAAAAUUAGUGCUGGCCAUGAUUCUGCAAAAUUUCUAUUUUGUCACUUCACCUUCUUAUGCUCAUGCUCCUAUGUCUUCAGCUACUCUGCGACCUCAAUAUGGAGCACCAGUUAUCUUCCGCAUGGACUAAUAUUAUCUGAUAACAGUACUACUUAGAAACUCCUCUAUCUAUUAAAAUUUCAGCUAUGAUUAUGUAUUUACUGUUGAUGUUGACCUUGGAAAAUAAUG